AUGGCCGCGACUCAUCCUAAAGCGAAUCCUAAUCACCGACCCCGCCAGCUCUCAGACGGCCACGGGGCCCAAGGCCACGUCGCCUGCGAGGAAUGUCGAAAGCGUAAGGUCCGCUGCGAUGGAGAGUCUCCCAAGUGCGGUGCCUGCGUGGACGGCGGUUUGACAUGUAGAAUCAUUGCGAGGAAAUCGGCCAGAGGGCCAAAGAAAGGUCUUUUGAGGACCCUCCGAAUGCAAGUUGCUGAGCUCAAGGACCGCCUGCAGGAAAGCGGACUAGGAGGCUUAAAAACCGAACAAGACGAUAUAUCUGGAGCGAAGUACCUGCAGUUCAGCCAGGUCGACCAGGAUCCAGUUCUAUCGACUAGUCUACCUCCUAAUGGCAUGCUCUCCCCCGAUAGCUACCCGGGAGGACAGUCUCCUAACGGAGGUGGUCUCUCCGAUCUAGAAAAGUCAGAUCUAACUGAUCUAUACUUUGACCGCGUCCACCCAUGCAUGCCCUUCAUGCAAAGGCGCCGCUUCUUCAACUGGUCAAGUAGUUCGCAUCUGACACCUGGCCAAACAUGCCUGAAGCUCGCUAUGUGGACGGUAGCUGCGUCGUUAUCAUCACAGUACACCAGGACCGCCAAAGGCCUCUACCUCCAAACGCGAAGAGAACUGGAGGAGCUGGAACUCAACAGCUUUGGUUUAGACCCUGUCGACCUUGAACAGGUACAAGCGUGGGCAUUGGUCUCACUGUACGAGUUCUUGCAGAUGUUUUACCGAAGAGGCUGGCUAAGUCUGGGCCGGGCGUGCCGUCUGAUCCAGCCACUGGGACUAUACAAAAUAGAUUGCGAGCACAACAUUCUGGCUGAAGCAAUGGAGCAUUCUCCCACAGAAACCGAGGAAAGACGACGCACCUUCUGGAUGGUCUACUGCGUUGAUCGACUGGUCAGUAUACGCAACAACUGGCCCCUCAACUUCAGCGAAUUCGUUAUCUGCACCCGACUCCCAGUAUCAGAACCAGACUUCCAAGACGAAAACCCGCGAAUCGGUCCGUUCCUCUCUGAAGCCAUGGCCUCCGAGUCUCCCAUUUCCGCAUUUACGCAGUUAAUUAUAUUCGUCACCAUCUGCGGGCGCUGCGCCUCACACAGACAACAGACACUCGUCGAGUCCGUAUACGGGAGCACCAACAGCGAUUUCUGGGAGCGACAUAGGUGGAUCCAUGCAAGCUUGCGCCAGAAACUGCAGCUUAUCUCGUAUACAUCCGAUGCGAGUGUCUGGUCAUCGGGACCCAUGCAUCUGUUCGCGACUAUGAUGGCCCAUGCGACGGUGAUAUACCUGCAUAAUAUUCUGCGGGACUUCCUUGCCAAGGAUGAUUUGGGGGAAGAGGCAGUAUGUCUGUACAAGGAUGCACAGAGUGCUGCCGCCCAAGUUGCGAUUCUGUGUCGGUCGUUGGAUAGUUUGAGUGUUUUCAAGAUUCAUCCAUUCACCCCGUACAUGGUCUACUCUGCCGCGGAGUUGCUGUCGCAUGAAAACAGCAAUCAUGCCGAGACACAUUUCUCUGAACUCGUGUCCUUCCUCCACCGGUUGAAGCCUGUUAAUCAACUGGCCGAUAGCUAUCUGAGACAGCUGCCACUUUUAUAG